AUGAAAGAAUCAAAUGUUAAUGAUAAUAAUUCGCCAAGUUUGACUAAUACAGCAUCACAAGAUUUCAAUUCAUAUGAUUUGAUUACAUCUUAUUCUGAUAGUUGGCAAUCAAUAUCAAAUAUAUCAAGUGAAAAUCAAAAUCUUGAUCGUUUGAAAACUAGAAUUAAUAGUUUUCUUCGUGAACAUCCAAAUCUUGUUCAAAAUAUAAAAAAUUAUUUUUAUGAUGAAAUGAUUACUUAUAGUGUUAAACGUUCAUUGAAAUUACCAUUUAGUAAGAUUGAUAUAACUAAUACAGAAAGAUUAAUAAAUCGUUUCUUUAUUGAACAUGAAACAACUAUAAGAUUUAUGUUUACUUAUUUUUUUGAUGAUAUAAAACCAUUGUUACUUAAUAAUCAUUUAUGUUUAAUAUCAGAUCUUCGUAUAAUUAAUUCAAUUUUAAAUUGUGGUAUGCGUGAAGCAAUAAUCUUAUUUUUAAAAUUUAAAGGAGCACAGAUUCUAACAUUACGAUUGUACAAAACUGAAAUAGAACAAAAUCAAAAUGGAAAUAUAUCUUCAGAAUUUCAAUGGACCUUUAAUAAAACAAAAUUUAUUCAAGUUUUAGCAUAUUUUGUCUUAUUAUGUAUCAUAUUUGGCUGGGAAAUAUUUCAUAUAAUUCGUUAUUCUUUCAUAGGAUUAAUGUGUCUUGUAUUUUAUGCAUAUCUUUCAACAGGAUCUUAUACAAUAAAAAUUUUUAAUCCUAUUUAA